UCCGCUUAAAAAUGACCAACGACGUUUCAAAAAAGAAAGGCAAGAGUUCAAGCGAGAAAAAGGUGAAAAGAAAAACGAAAAGAAGGGAGACCUACGCAAUGUACAUCUAUAAAGUUCUAAAACAGGUUCAUCCGGAUACAGGCAUUUCUAGCCGUGCCAUGAGUAUAAUGAACUCCUUCGUGAACGACCUGUUCGAGCGAAUCGCCACCGAAGCGUCUCGCCUUGCUCAGUACAAUAAGCGCGUCACCAUCACCAGCAGGGAGGUGCAGACCGCCGUCAGACUGCUGCUGCCCGGGGAACUGGCCAAGCACGCCGUGUCCGAGGGCACCAAGGCGGUGACGAAGUACACCAGCUCCAAGUGAAUACUUCAGCUGAAAUCUGCGUUUUUUGCGUUUGUUUUGUUUGGUUCUUCCCCCACCCCCAAAGUGAUCACCUAAAUAAAUGCAUAUAAAAACUGUCUACA